AUGUCGAAGCGGAAGAACAAGAAGAGCCAGCAGGCCGAGGUCGUCGAGGAGGAGAAGCUGCUCUACAACGCGCCGAAGGUCGAGAAGGUCAUCUCCGACAGCCCGGGCCUCGAGGACGACGAGCACCCGGAGCUGUCGCCCGAGGAGCUCGAGCGCGCGACGCUGGCCUUCCACACGAAGCAGGACCCCGGCGGGCGCAUCACGCGGGAGCAUCUCAAGGGCCUCUUCGUCGAGAUGCGCCUCAAGUUCGAGGGCGACCAGUACCAGCGGCUCGUGGAAACGCCGCACCUGGGCGCCGUAUCCUUCGACGCGAGCGACAAGUGCGACCUCGACGCCUGGCUCGCCCUCUUCGCCCGGGUCUACGCGCCGGCGACGCGCUACGGCGCGCGGCUCCGGCGCGCGGCCGGGCGGGGCGAGGUCGACCGCAUGCGGGACUACGCGGCGCGGGGAUGCGACGCGCGCGGCUCCGACGGCCUCGGCUUCACGGCGCUCCACUGCGCGGCGCAGCACGACCAGGGCGACGCGCUGGCCGUGCUGCUGAGCGAGCUCCUGGGCCACGGCGCCGUCGACGCGGCGAACGGCCGGGCCAAGAUCUGCGAGAAAUUGGUCGAGGCCGGCGCGGACGUCGCGGCGACGUCGGUCCACGGCCGCACGGCGCUCCACUGGGCCGCCGCCAAGGGCCGCGCGGACUGCGCCAAGUUCCUGCUCAAGAAGGGCGCGGACCCGAAUUCGGCCGACGGCGCGGGCAUGACGCCCGUGCACCUCGCGGCGCAGCACGGCCACCUCGCCACGUGCACCGUGCUUUUAGGCGCGUCGGACACGGCGCUCGGCGCGCCCAACACCAUCGGCGUCAAGCCGACGGACUACCAGGACGUCGUCUUCUGGUCCCGCGUCAACGACGCGCUCCCGGGCGCGGCCCUCAAGGCCCGGAGCGGCGCCUCCGGCGUCGCCGCCGCGGGGCGGCGCGUCAGCUGCGCGGGCAGGGCCCGGCCGGGCGCCUCCGGCGUCGGCGGCGGCGCGUCCGGCGGCGGCGCGAACGCGUCCGCGAGCCGGGGCCGCGGCGGCGCCGCGGCCGGGGGCGCCUCGAGCGCCAUGAUCACGAGCAUGACGGGCACCUGGCAGCCGAACUGGAGCCACGUCCCGAAGGCGCUGCCGUCGCCCGCGGGCCGCGCCAGCGCCGCGACGACCCACGCCAGGGCCGCGAAGCCCAUGGUCACGGACACGACGGGCGUCGCCGCCACCGCGUGCUCCGACUCCGCGAGGUGCGCGCGCAGCGUCGGCAGCAGGCAGGCGACGUACCCGACCGACGCCGCCCUGCGAUCCACGAUGAGCGACGACCGCUUCGCCGACGCGACGGCGCGCCUCGUCGCCCAGGACCCGUCGCUGACGUCGCUCUCCCUCGCGACGCGUAAAGACAUCCCCGACGCCGUGCUCGCGGCGCUGGCGGCGAGCGACCACUGCCGGACGGCCCACCUCGAGAUGACGGCCUUCGACGACGGGCGCUGCGAGGCGCUGCGCGAAUUCGGUCUGCCGGCGUGCCUGACGGCGCUCCACCUCACGCGGAACGCGAUCUCGUCGACGGGCGCCGCGGCGCUCGCGGCGGCGCUCGCGACCGCGCCGGCGCUCCGGAGCCUGCACCUCGGCGGCAACCCGCUCGGCGCCGGCCUCGGCCCCCUCGGGGCCGCCGCCGCGGGCCUCGACGUGCUCAACAUCUCCGAGACGCAGGAUCUCCUCGCGGGCGCGCCGGGGAUCCUCGCGCUCGCCGCGGGCCUCGCGGCGCGGCGCCGCGCGACGGGGAGGGUAUUGGCACAGCUCCACUGCCACGGCAACGGCGUCGACGACGCCGCGGCCGCGGCGCUUGCGCCGCUGCUCGCGGCCGCGGGCGUCCGCGAGGUCUACCUGGGCAAGAACCUCGUCGGCGACGCCGGCGCGGCCGCGCUGGCGGCGGUCGCGGGCGGCGCCGGCGGCCCGCGGAAGCUGUCGCUCCUCGGGAACCGCGUCGGCGACGCCGGCGCGGCGAGCUUCGCGGCCGCGGUCGCGCGCGACCCGCCCCUCGAGCAGCUCAACCUGAGCCACAACGACCUCUCGGACGUUGGGCUUCUCGCCAUGAUCCGGGCCGCGCCGCGCAACGGGACGCUGCGGAAGCUCGACGUCGGCGUGAACCGCCGCUGCUCCGACGGCGCGAAGCGCGCGCUGCGCCUCCUCUUCGACCCGUCCGCCGUCGCGGCGCGGCGCUUCGUCGCCGGCGCGCUGCCCCUGCUCCUCGCGCACGCGCGCGACGCCGACGGCGCCGCGGGCCGCCGCGUCCGGAGCCUGCCGCGCGCGGUCCUCCUCGCCAUCCUCGACCUCGCGCGGCCCGGCCCCUUCCCCCGCAUAGGCUGA